AUGAGGGGCGGGGCCGAGUGGCGCUGGUUGCCCUCCUCUCGCGCCCCUCCCCCGGUCAGACGGCGGAGGUCUCGAGCGACAAUGAAGCAGGAGCCGCAACAGCAGCAGCAGCCGCCGGCCCAUCAGCCGCCCCCCGCCGGCGCCGGGGUGCCGGCCUUCCUCAGCAAGCUGUGGGCGCUGGUGGGCGAGGCGCCCAGCAACCAGCUUAUCACCUGGAGCCAGAAUGGCCAGAGUUUCUUGGUGUUGGAUGAACAGAGAUUUGCAAAAGAGAUUCUGCCUAAGUACUUCAAGCACAACAACAUGGCAAGCUUUGUCAGACAGCUAAACAUGUAUGGCUUCCGUAAAGUUGUCCAUGUUGAUUCUGGGAUUGUCAAACUGGAGCGAGAUGGUCUAGUUGAGUUUCAACACCCAUAUUUCAAGCAGGGCCGAGAGGACUUGUUGGAACACAUUAAAAGGAAGGUUUCUUCUUCGAGACCUGAAGAAAACAAGAUAAGCCAGGAGGAUCUCUCCAAAAUAAUAAGUAGUGCUCAGAAAGUGGAGAUUAAACAAGAGACUAUUGAAUCUCGAUUGUCUGCCCUGAAAAGGGAGAAUGAAUCUCUUUGGAGGGAAGUGGCAGAACUGAGAGCAAAACACCUGAAACAACAGCAAGUUAUUCGGAAGAUUGUACAAUUUAUUGUUACCCUGGUGCAGAACAACCAACUAGUGAGCCUAAAACGCAAGAGGCCUCUACUUCUGAACACUAAUGGACCUACAAAGUCAAAUGUAUUUCAGCAAAUUGUGAAAGAACCAGCAGACAAUAAUCAUCAUGUACCUCUCAACAGAACUGAGGGCUUAAAACAAAGAGAACAAAUUUCAGAUGACAUCAUUAUUUAUGAUGUUACUGAGGAUGUGGCUGAUGAGGAAAACACCAUGGUUGAUGAAGAAAAUGCUCCCAUUACACCAGAGACAAAUGAAGAUACCACUUCAGAUUCUUCUAACUGCAGUCGUUCUCCUGAUAUCGUAAUUGUGGAAGAUGAUAAUGAGGAAGAAUACGCCCCUGUAAUUCAAGAGGAUAAAAGCACAGAAUCGGUUGCUGUCUCAGCUAAUGAUCCCCUCAGCCCUGUCAGCGACAGCACAAGUCCGCUCAUGUCAAGUGCUGUACAGCUGAACAACCAGUCAACUUUAACUGCAGAAGACCCAGUCUCCAUGAUGGAUUCCAUACUCAAUGAAAAUGGAGUAAUUUCACAGAAUAUAAAUCUCCUUGGAAAAGUUGAACUUCUGGAUUAUCUUGACAGUAUCGACUGCAGUUUAGAGGACUUCCAGGCCAUGUUAUCAGGACGACAAUUCAGCAUAGAUCCAGAUCUGCUGUUUGAUAUGGAGACGAAGGGAAUAGAAACUACCAAGAAUAAUGCUGGCCCAGCUGCUUCACAGGAAACACAAGUUUCCAAACCUAAAUCAGAUAAACAACUCAUACAGUAUACUGCAUUUCCACUGCUCGCAUUCCUUGAUGGGAACCCAGGCUCCACUGUUGAGAGCGGGAGCUCUGCAACUGAAACUCCUCCUUCUGUGGACAAACCCCUGGAGGUGGAUGAGCUCCUGGAGAGCAGCCUGGAUCCUGAACCCACUCAGAGCAAGCUGGUGCGCUUGGAACCGCUAACAGAGGCAGAAGCAAGUGAGGCCACGCUGUUCUAUUUAUGUGAACUUGCUCCAGCACCCAUGGACACAGACAUGCCAUUCUUGGAUAACUAAUGUAAUGGGGACUAUGUACAUUGUCAUGAAGAGGAACUAUUUAUUUAGAAUAUUGUUUGGUAUGAGUUUUUUGUAAAUCACUGUUUUAUGUAACCAGAUAGUGGGGAAUCUGAAAUAUCCUACAAGCAAUUAUUUAGCUACAGUUAGACAAGCUGUUAGACACAGUUGGCAAUACCAAGUUGGAUUGUUACAGUACUGCUGUCAAAUGCUUGGUAUACUUAUGCAUAUCUCUAAAUACCUGAGGUAACCAAACACUUGUUAAGAGUAAGCUUCAGUUUAUGGUUUCUUCCACUUCUGGUUUUACAUAUAAUGAUGAUGACAACUAGUAGUGUAUGGUUAGGGAGCACUGACUUUCUGUAUCUUUUUUUUUCUAUUUUCUACAAUAUUUUGUUUAAUAAACAUAAGGCUUUUUUGGGGUGGGGGGGACCAGGACCUGAUGUUAGGCUUUUUUUUUCCCUGCUUGAACUGGGAACAAAGUGCCUGUACCUUGCUAAAUCUUGGUUCUGCCUUACUUUCACUUCAGUGAAAGUGCUUAUACAUAGCACAAACUGGGGAAGAAGUUCUUUACAGCUGCCAGGCCCCCUGACUGCAUGAGUACUUUAACUUGGACCAUCUACUCUGAUAAAAUAAAUGUUAUGUAAGUAA